UUUUCUCUUGCCCCUCCGCCGCCACCUCUCUCUCUCCCUCUCCUCCUCUCAGCAAUGAAGCUCACCUCUCUGUUGACGCUGGCGGGCUUGGGCGCAGGGUCGGCCUUCGUGGCUCCCGCCACUGCCUUCCACGGCGCGGGCGUGACCACCACGGCUCCUCGAGGCAGCUCCUCUGCUUCAUUCCAGAUGAUGGCACGGGUGCCCUUCAUCGCAGGCAACUGGAAGAUGAACCCUCUGGACGUGGACAGCGCGAAGGACCUCGCCAAGUCGGUGUCGGAGGCGACUACCUCUGUGGAGGUGGAGGUGGCCGUCAUCCCGCCACACCCGUUCCUCGUGCCCGUGAAGGACCAGGUGGACGGCGUGGACGGCAACAAGGUCGCGGUGGGGUCCCAGGACCUCUACACCGAGGACGCGGGCGCGUUCACGGGGGCGUCCUCCACGGGUAUGCUCGCGUCCGUCGGGUGCGAGUACAUUCUGUGCGGCCACUCGGAGCGCCGAUCGGUGUUCGGGGACAGCGACGAGAUGGUCAACAAGAAGGUGCACAAGGUCCUCGACCAGGGGCUUAAGGCCAUCCUCUGUAUCGGCGAGAGCAAGGAGGAGUACGAGGCUGGCCUCAACAAGGAGAUCUGCGCCGUGCACAUUGGGAAGGGCCUGACGGGAGUGACGGCUGAACAGAUGGAGAGCAUCGUCAUCGCCUACGAGCCGACGGUAUACGAACUCAUGGCCUGCCCCGACAUCGACGGCGCCCUCGUAGGAGGCGCCUCGCUAGUGGCAGAGAAGUUCGCUCGCAUCGUCGGCUUCAAGGCCCCCGUCAGCGCCUAAAUAUGGCUUUGCUGGCUGGCAUGGUGAUUUUGUUGGGAGGAAAGCCAUUCGUUUCGGAGGAAAGCCAUUCAUUUCGGAGGAAAGUCAUUCGAAGAUAUAGCUGAUCGGUGGACCCGUCGCGGCCUAUUUUUCGUUGAAGAAACUCUGCAAGGAUUUUUGGGAAUGGACAGGGAGCCUCUGAUCCGGCGUGAUAGAUUUUUUAGCGUGUGGCGAGAGUUACACCAGAAGCUUCGGUGCAUUCGUGGUGGAACAACAAUAGACCUGCUUAUUUUGUUCGCCAGCUGCGGGAUCCAGAUAUGUAGAAGAAAGGCUAAUAGCUGUUGCUUGCACGCGCUUUUCCCGGGUAAACAACCGCUCGGACGAGUGUCUUCGCGGGAGUCUUUGGUCGGUUUUUUUUUCGGAACCCUUGCCGCCGGUGGCGCUCGUAGGCAUUGCAAGCGGCGUGCUGUGUCGUGCGCCCUGCCUGACCCCUACACAGGCCUCUCGCCUGUUUGCUCGGUCUGCGGCAUGCGUCCUUUGUUUCUUUUUUGGUUUGUCCCAAUGUUAGGAAAUUGGCGUGGUGAGUCCGGGGGUGGGGGGGGAGGCAUGCAGCUGUUAUAGAGGGAGGCAGCCGAUGUUCUGUUGGCGUUUUUCGGGUUCGACCUCUGCCCUCGUCGGGCGUGUUGAGCGCGUUUAGAAGGGUAGGGGAGGCCAGGGACUCCUAUCUUUCCAUCAUCUUCCCCACCCCUGUGCGCCCUAGCGCUCUGCAGUUUUGAUGUUCGUCGGCUCCGAACUCGCCGGCAGAUAUCAGCACUCGGGAAAGUGAACACAAAAUCAGGUAGACAAAAUCAGUCACGAACGAUGCAUUCACGCUGAUUUUAUUGUGGUUGCAUUUGAAAAAGGUUUUGUCUCCUCGGCGUCGUGGUGGCCUCGUCACACUUGAUGCCAGAAUUCGGGAUGGCGCCCCUCAGGGUUGGACAGAUCGAUCAGAGAACCGCGGUCCUUUACUCGAGAGGAACAAGACAACGGCCCAACCGGUGGUUGCACUUGUUCGGUCGUGCCUGCCUGGCUGCCUCCUGGCGAUCCCCCCAGCAAGUACGCCUACUGCCGUAGAUGCUGCUGUGUGCUACCCACCAACGCCAGACGUCGGCAAGCAGUAGAAGUUGUAGAAGAAUCGAGAGCGGUCAGGUGAGUCUUUGGGUGUUUGGCGCCGUUUGGCCGCACGGCAGAGAGAGGCACGUCGGUCUGAGCGAACGAGCGAGAACGAAGAAGAGCUACACGGCUCAGUACGUGGAG